AUGGAGAACUACGAGGUCCUCAAUCAACUAGGUGAUGGAGCGUUUGGUCAGGUUGUGAAGGCAUUGCAUAGAAAAACGGGACAAAUUGUGGCGAUUAAAAAAAUGAAGCAGAAGUACCAUUCCUGGGAGGAGUGUGUAAAGCUGCCAGAGGUGACAGUGAUGCGCCGCAUUCAUGGCCAUCCGAAUAUAGUGAAGAUGCGUGAAGUGAUACGAGAAAAAAAUGAGCUUUUCUUUGUAUUUGAGUACAUGGACGGGGACCUUCUGGGGGUCAUCUGCAAGGCAAAGCAAAUGCAGGGCCACACCACAGCCGGCAAUGCCCCUCCCAUACCAUACCCGAAGAUUCGAAGUUACAUUUUUCAGCUUCUUCAAUCCCUUGCAUUCUUGCAUCAACGUGGGUACUUUCACCGAGACAUUAAACCUGAAAAUUUGCUUGUGAAGAAGGACCCAACCACCGCGGCACAGGAUGUGGUAAAACUGGCAGAUUUUGGCCUCGUGAAGGAGAUUCGGGCACGCCCACCGUUUACGGAUUAUGUUUCCACCCGAUGGUACCGCGCUCCUGAGUUGUUGCUGCAAGAUCGAGCGUACAGCAGCCCUGUGGAUAUAUGGGCCGCUGGUUGUAUAUUAGCAGAACUUAUAACCACUCGUCCUCUUUUUGCAGGUAGCAAUGAGGUGGAUCAGUUACACAAGAUAAUGGGUGUUCUUGGCUCACCCAAUGAAAAAAUCUGGCCAGAAUGUUUUGCUCUUGCCAAGAAAAUACGGUAUUCAUUUCCAGUAGUGAAGGGGGUGGGACUUGAGCGUGUGCUUCCCCCACAUUUACCACCGCAAGCCUUGGAUUUAAUGAAGCAGAUGCUUAGUUACGACCCCAAGAAACGUCCCACGGCCCAACAGUGUCUUCAACAUCCAUAUUUUAGUAUUGGUCUCGAUGAGGAGAAUUUUUCACCUUCCAACGUGGCGAAACAGUUGGCGAACGCGGUGAAGAAGUAUGUCUCUAGUCCACAAACCGCUCCGCCACGGAACACGCUUGUACCUAUUGCUCUCAAUGCAAAGCGAUCCAAUGUAGGGGCCACGACGGCCAUUUCAAAACAGGCGGGAGUGGGGAAUCCCCCACCCCUGUCACCGCUGCAGGCGUUGUGUUCCCCCACAGCCACAGGUCUGUCACCCGUGUUGCUUGGCGAGAAGGGAGACCACCAUUUACCGGUAUCGAAAUUGACGCCUGCAAUCGGGUCUGAGGGCCAUACGAAACGAAAAGUUCUUUCGCCAAAACUUCCCUCUUUGUCUUGUGAAAAACUUAAGGGUGUUGUGACAGAUGUUUUGAAUGGCGGUGAUGGGGGGAAUAAUAACGGCGAUGUCGAUUUAGAUGCUCUUACGAAGGAGUUUGAAAAUGAACUUGAAACACUGAAAGUCCUUCCACAACAGAAAAAACAAGUUAGCCUCUGCACGCUUGGUGACUCUGCGGCAAACAAGGCUUUUCAUAAUCCAACAUUUGGGAAAUCCCUUUUAGUUCCGGGGGCGACCCAUGCUUCACCGAAGGUGAACGAGGAUGUUGUAGUAGAUUUUCUUAAUUCUACUCGUUACAAGAGGUCUUCGUUGUCCCUCAUGGAAAAUGGUGGUCCGUUGCAUACAACGAGAAAGGCCUCUUUGAAGAAACAAGAUCCCCUACCUUCAUUGCCUCCAGCAUUAGACAGUAGUCACCAUGCUGUAUCACCAUCCAUCAAGGCACUCUUGGCAAAACACAUGAAGAAACGGAAUGACUCCAAUUCCUGA